CUGUCAACGGAUGACACCUGUUCUCGCUGCUUGCCCUUCUCCACCAGCUCAAAGAGAAAACAAGAUCCAACAGACUAGACAGAUCAUACUAGUAAUAUAUAUCUAUUGAUUUUUACCAUCCUCUCCACCAUGAAGUCAACAGUGCUUCUUAUUGCUGUGCUCGUGCUGAUGAUCUCGGGAUGCCAUGGUCUGUCGCUGGAGCCGAAGACAUCAGCCUCAAGAAUCAACAAAGUGAGAUUUUCUCCUCAAAAUCCAGGGCUAUCGCCAAAUACGUUCCUCUAUCCAUUCUCCACGAGAUCAUCAUCAUCAUUAGCCGUCUUGUUCUCCUCCUCUCAAGAUGACUCCUUGUCGCCGCAACACAAACCGUCGUUCUUUCGUCGCUUGCUUCGGUGCAAGCUGGUUGCUACAAUCUGCUUGAGCUUGCUCUUGUUGUUCGGAAACCCAUUGUCGGCUUUGGCACAACCAGGAAAGUACGAUGUGAGCUUUUGGACUCCAGAAAUGGAUUCUGCUACAACAACAGUGGUAUCAACACCCAAGUUGGAUGGCUGUAUGGCAAUCUCGUUGGAUAGUCCCAUUCUUUCCAAUACUCUGUCUCGAUGGGAUCCAUCCUCGUUUUCUCCCCCACCAUCACGGCCGUCAGCUCCCAUCAUCAUGACGGUGCCGCGUAAAAUCCCCACUGUCAAACUUGCCAUGGCAUCCACCAUGGUGGUCUUGGCUGUUUUGAUGGGAAAAGAAGAUGUGGCCAUUCGAUUGCGUCAAAGAGCCAGCAACAGCAAAGAAGAAGCAAUGACACAAGAAAAGACACAAACAAGCACGUGGACAGCAUACCGAAUGGCCGUCAAGGCCGCGCGACAACGGGCCGUAGCAAUGUUUCUCAUGAGAUCAAAGCAAUGGAGAGAAAAGUUUCGAGCAAACCAGAAAGCAAAAGAUAAGAAUGAUCUGCAAGCAUCACACGGCAAUACCCCAGAAUCUCCUCCUCCUAAAACAGAAAUUGACACUACUAUGGGUGAUGCGUUGCUACUCACGAAUACUCACCAGGACAAAGCUGCUGCCGUCAAGAGGAAUCAAACUGUCGUCCAUGAUGAGGCACUGGCUCACCAACAAGAAUUGGAAGAAGCCUUUUCAAAAAUCAUCAUGGACCAGCAAAAACUGGAUGAAGAUCACCGCAAUUACACCGACUCCAAUCUACCACAACAAUCGACUUUGUAUGGGCUUCGUCGCAGUGGUCAUGGCGAGCGAUCCAGACAAACGAUCCAAAGGGCAAAACCUACCGUGUACCGAAGGAAAGCUCCUGGAUGGCUGGGAUUGCAACGAUCGACUUCACGGAACAGCACCAACACCAACAACCACCGCCGCAACUAACUGAAGCCAACCACCAAACUAUCCUUCUAUAACCCCUCCCCCACAAUUUCAUGACACAAGACAAAUGAAGAACAAUGCACCGCUGUAACUGAUACAAACCAUACUAUCCUCCUAAAAAGUAUAUACAUGUAAUGAACCCCUCCAAGGUGUCAUUAACCCCUCCAAGAUUCAUGACACGACACAAGACAGCAAGAGAGAGAAUGAAUGAAGAACAAUAAUGCAUAAGAUAGAUAGGCAGACAACAACAACAACACUCAUCAUAAGCUUGUAUGGAACAAACAAGCAAUGCUACGGUAACGAUAGAAAAACUAUACACAACAACGACCAGUACCGGUAGAGAAUCAGUAAUCACUUAUCAAUAAAUAAAAUUAUGAAACACCAAGUGGGGUGUGAAUUGGUGUUGUGAAUGAGUAUUUCUUUCAGGAGACUGCCAAGAACGUUCCUGUUCGGCGCUCGCUUUGAUUGUGGUUUGUUUGUUUUUUGUCUAUAGCCUGGUGUCCAAUACAAUGUUUCCUGCAUCACAUCAAUAGGUCAUUUUCAAAAGAGCCCUCUUAAAAAUUCUGUACACAAGGGGCUUCUUGCUUGUUUCGUUGCCUACGCCAACUCCCACCACGACGUCUGGUGCUCGGGAUCACGAGUACGAGAACACGGAUACAUGGCCAUGACUUCUCCUGCCUUGGGGUGAUGGGCCUGGUUAAAGCAAUACCUCGUGGACGUCUUCAUGCUGAUUUCGAAUCGGUACUCAUUGAAUCCACCGCGAAUGGCAAAGAAACGUUGCGUCACCAGACCGCU